UUUAGUACUAUACUGUAAGUCUAUGUUUAUUUGAAAAUUGAUUUUACAUCGUGCAAUAAAAAUUUUGUUCAUAAGCAAAGGAGAAAUGGCGUCGAGGUUAGGAAAGACACGCUGUUGUAGAGAACAGACAAUUCUGUUGAACGCAAAAAUAAAUAAAAUUGUUUUAUUAAUAUGUUAGUGCUAGAUCGACAAUGGAAGAGAGACGUAACUAGUUUAAGGGGCCAUUGGUGAAUAGUACAUUGAUUUCUGUAAAGCUGAGAAAAUGUCUGCGAAUGCUGCUGAGACUUUUGAAGCAACGCUUACAGCCGGAAACACUUUAGACUUAAUGGAUCUGAUGGAAGUAGUGACAGUAUACAAAUGCAGAUUCUGCACUUUCACAUGUUCUUCAACUCAUGGAAUGGCAGCACAUCUUAACAAUCAGCAUGUGGCUACUAGCAUGCCAGCCGUGGAAUCAAACCAUUAUACAGAAUCUGAAAGCCCCUCAGGAUCACCACCAGAAGCAUCAGAUGAGGCCAUAACCAUUCAGGCUAGUGGACCUGCUUGUGAAAUUUUAGGCAGUGAGUCAGGCUUUGCCCCCAAUUCUCAAACUACUCCUUCAGCAAAUGUUGAUUCUGUUUCGGUGAUGCCAGCAAAUGGUGGUAACACCACUCUUGCUGAGCAGCUGCCAUUAGAGGAUAAAAGUGUUUCUCUGGUAGCCACUUCACAGCCAGGCUUAUUCACUUUGGAUCCCAGUUCUAGUGCACAGACUCUUGGUUUUACAACAAUUCAGUUUGCAGGAUCUGGGCUGUCGCUGGCAUCCAGCACACCUGCUGUUAGUGUUGUGCCAACAUCAGAUAGUACAAAAGAUCUUGGGACAGGGCCUUCAUCUAUUGCUCCUGUCGUUCGGGAGCUUUUUUUGUGUGGUAUGUGCAGUGUAGGUUUCACUUCAGUAGAUGACUGCAAGUGGCAUGUGGAUCGUGAGCACAGUGGUACAGUAGAGCUGGGGCAGGAACAUGGAGAGGUGGAGGGCAAAGGUCGAGUCAGUGUGGGAACACAGGCCACAGCCAAACGCCCUGGCCGGAAAAGAAAGUCAGAAUUGGCAACAGAGAGUCAGUCACCACCACAAAUCAAACAGGAGGCAGUUUUGGUUGACCAAGAUCAAAGUGAUGAGGACUGGAUUCCUGGUCGAUCUCACACCUCUCGUACACGUGAUGGACGGCAGCGACGUAAAAUAAGAGCACCAAAAGCACUUAAAGAAGACUAUGUCAUUGUUAAGAAACGCAAGUAUCGCAAACAUCGACAGGUAUACAAAGAACACUACGCUUUGUCCUGCAGCUUUAUGGGGUGUGCUGCUCGCUUCCGUUCAGAGGGAGCACUGAACGUACACGUUGCCUGUCAUAAUGUGGAGGAUAUGGCCUUCACCUGCCAACACUGUCAGCAGCAAUUUCCUGCGUGGAAACCGCUUCGACUUCAUUUGUGGAAAAUACAUUCUAUUGAUGCAGAUCUUUUUCAGUGUGACUUGUGUACUUACAAGACCGACACCCUUCACAAAUUGAGCAUUCAUCAAGAAAUUCACAGUGACAACCGGCCUUACACUUGUGAUGUUUGUGGGAAGGGUUUUAAGCAACUGAGCCAAAUGAAAAACCACCAGAUCACGCAUGCCCAGCAUCAGCAAAAUGUGCAGGGAGGUUGGUUUUCAGCCAAGCCAUGUGAGAUUUGUAAACGGACAUUUGCAAACAGCAAAUGCUUAAAGAAACAUGUUGAAGCUGUGCACACCAAAGUGAAACGAUUUGCCUGCACCUACUGCAGCCAUACCACUGCCCGCAAAGCUAUGCUGAAUCUGCACAUGAGAAUCCACACUGGAGAAAAGCCAUUCAAGUGUGAUGUGUGUAAUUACUCCACUGGUGACCACAAUUCCCUUCGGCGACACAAGAUGCGUCACACUGGACAGCGACAGUACAAAUGCCAGUUGUGCCCCUACACCUGUAUUCAAACAAUUUCCCUGAAGUCACACAUGCGUACCAAGCACCCCAAUGCAGAAGGCAUCUACACAUGCCCUGUAUGUAAGUUUCGCUCUGUCAACAAGCAAAUCUAUAACAGCCAUAUGCAGGACCACCAUCAUGGCUUGUUGCCAGAUCCCAUCGGCAGGUUGGAUCAAGCUGGAGAUGCUGCGAACCUUGCACAGGCCCCAGCAAAAUCUGAGAGAUCAGCCAGCACACCUCCAGAAGCUGUCAAGGUACAGAUGCAGGUGCAGACGAUGGAGACAGGUGAAGUGCAGGUGAGUGCAGAGGAUCUGGCCAAGCUGAGUGGGUUUGAGGGGCUGGCCUCAGGUGAGAUAUCUGCAGCUCAGCUCAUUUACUCUGCCCUCAGUGUCAUUUCUCAAGGCGGAGCCAGUGGCAGGACCACACAAACUGCCCAGCUGCUUAAUGGCAUCCAAACCACAGUCACCACUUGUUCACAAGAAUCUAACAAAGAAGGAGUGUCUUCGCACACAAUUACCUUUCACCUGCCGGUCAUCUCUAUGUCAGAAAAUCUUCCCAAAAGCUCAAAUCAGACUGCUUCAUAUCAGCUGCUUCCAGAAUACCAGGCUGUAGAGAAUAACACAACGGGGCAAGAUACUUGUUCACAAACCACAGGAAGUGAUGGCCUUGGCACCACUGAUGAGCAGGAGGACCAGAGGGCUACACCAUGUCAGGUGCCAAGCAUAGAGAUUUAUGCAGCAGUUCCUCAGCUUCUUGCAGCCGAUGCCGAAGGCCAAGACCUUGUGUCUGGGUCCUCGGAUGUGCAGGUGAUGCAAGUUGCGUAUACUGAUGAAACAGCCAUCAAAGAAAGAGACCUGGACAAAAUUGCUGAAGGUUUUAGCAAGUCAUCAGUGGUGGUGUCAGAGACAGGGCAGAUCAUCCAGGCAAUGGAUGGGGUGUUGGUCAAUGAAAAUGGACAAGUACAAAGUGUGGUGUUAGUGGCUCCCCCUGUCAAGACUUCACGUGAGGCAGAUGACAUUGACAUGAUUGCAGAUGCAAGGGUGGAGGAGGCCACAGACACUGGUCAAGAUAUAAACCAGGUGUGUCUCGCUCAAGAGGAGUCAGAAGAGCGACAAUUAAAGAUGAAGAAUUUACAUUGUGAAUGAGAAGACAGAGCUGCAUACUCAGGAAAACUUCCAGCCGUAAGUUGAGAUGUGACACUGGGAAAUCAUUUUCUCAGCUGCUAUCAGCUUAUAGUCUAGAUCCUUUGGUACAAAUGAAAUUUAUUCUCUGCAGACUUUGUGUUUCUGCAAAGUAGGAAAAAGCUCAGCUGUGGUUUCUCCAAAAACUGAUUCAAGUACAUUUUAUUUUAUGCUUUGCACAUAAGCAGCAGGCCUGACCUGGCACACAAGUGCUUGUUGCAAAUUUCUGUAUACACUGUUGAACAGCAAACCUCCACUUCUGCUUGUGUGUUGGAUGAAUGUUGCAACUUUUGUUCCAUCUGACAGACAGAUGUCUAUUCAUUUUGGUUUACUAGUGGGUGUGAGUUGGCCUGUAGGGUGGAGGAACAACAAACAUUUGUCUAGGCUGUCAGACUGCUGGCACAGGGAAAGCUACCAUGCAGACUGUUUUUUGUCUUCAUUUUGUGAUAUCUUCUUGUAGCCCAUAAAACAAAUUACACUUGAUUGCUGCUACUUUUAAUACAAAUGAUGUCAUUGCAGAAUGA